AUGGCAGCACUUUUGCAUGUUGCCUGUGUAGGCCCGAGGGUAUCUAUUGGAGGAAAUUCCGCGGUGACCUUUUCUACAGAAGAACUGAUCCCGUUCGGGAAAGAGAUCGUCGACGAAGAAGCCGAAGUUUUAGGCGAAGUGCCCAAGACUGAUUCAAUAGAGGUUUCGUUCUCUAUCAACGCAUUCGCAGUAUCAACGAUGUCGUGGAUUGUUGGCGAGACACAAGUGGCGGGGAUUGGCAAGAUCAGGGCUGCAUGGGCGGGGACCUCGGCGAUACCGGCGUCAGUGGAUCCCGAGCCCUGUCGUUUAAGUCGGCGCAUCAGCAACGCGUACCGAUUUUUGAGCGCCAACGGAGCGCGCGCUUCAAGAAAGAAGUCGGCCAUGAAUUUCCAAUUGCGACCGUACCGAUCAACCAAUUCCAGCAAAUGA